UUCGUCAUUGCUCCUUUGAUCAACUUGUACAUACCAAUACCUCGUUCGCAAUGGCAUCAAUCGCUCGCUCAGUCUUCCGCCGCUCGCUGGCUACAGCCAGCAGACCCAGCGUCUCUUGCCGCAUCGCCAAUGCCCAAUUCACUCGCUCCUUCUCGGCCAGAACAGCUGUCANUGGCAAAGAAAUAUACCCAAGACCACGAAUGGAUCGAACUCUCCCCCGACAACAAAACCGGCACAAUCGGCAUCUCGUCCUACGCCGCCAACGCCCUAGGCGACGUCGUAUUCGUCGAACUGCCCACCACCGAUCUCGAAGUCUCCUCUGGUGACACCAUCGGCAGUGUCGAGUCUGUAAAAUCUGCUUCUGACAUUAUGACGCCUGUUUCUGGUGUUAUCGUGGAGGCUAAUGGUGUGUUGGAGGAGAAGCCGAGUACAAUCAACAAGAGCCCGGAGGGUGAGGGCUGGAUUGCAAAGAUUGAGGUUAAGGAUGUUAAGGAGGUGGAGGGGUUGAUGGAUGCAGAAGCUUAUAAGGCGUUUACUGAGGAGAGCGAGUAG